UCCUGGUUACACCAGCUGAAAUUUGAAAAAGACGGCUAACUUUAUUGCGAUAGGUGACAAUUCUGAAUGUGAAAUACUCGCCCGUUGUAUCGGCUCGUUUCAGUCUUUGAGUGGCUUCAGUACCUCAAUGAUAUAUACGCCGUAAACAGACAUCGCUAUUCAUAAUCAUCUGUUGGGUAACACACGUGCCUAUUUAUUUGAUGACGAUCAAGUGUUAAUAAUGAUAGUUACAACUCAUAUUUUAUAUUGCCGUUUAAUUACAUCACAUUUGAGUGAAAAUGAAAUUUUUCUCAACAUAUUAUAGCAUGGGUCCGCUGAUUAAAACCUCAGGGAACAGAGCACGCUCUGUUCCAGUGCGGUUUAGAUACCUGUUCCUGCUAGCUACAGUAUGUGGCGGUUGCUUCCUCAUCAUGUCCAUCAGCGACAGCGCUACAAUAUUCUUUCUCAGUGGCGAUAAUCCCACCACAACUUUCGACAUGCAUCGGGCUCACACAGGUCAUCCAGGCAAAUCUUACACUAUCGACACAGAGGGAUGCACUAUUCCCGGCUUGAAACCUUUUCAUGAAAGCAUUAAGAAGUUUAUUAGACAACCUGAACCCAACUCGUGCCCCAAUGCAAAUACUUCUUUAUUAGACAAUAAUAACACCCAUAUCUGGAUCAAAGAAGAAAACCUAUAUUUUUAUGAUACACCUAGAGAUCUCAAUGUUUCUUGCUGCUAUCAAUCAUUUUAUCGACCAACAGCAGUCGCGGAUGUUACAGCUAUGAACGUCGACGAUAGAGUACAAUACGAACCUUGCCUUAACUUCACUAAUUAUAUUGAAGUUAUGAACGAAUUUGUCAAAGUUUCUUGUGGUUACGAUCAUAAAAUAAUCUACGAACACUUUUUCCUAUUUGCAACUAAAAAGCCUAUGCUCACGUAUGAUGAUGAGUCAUAUGAGAUUCCUUUAAAUCAAUCAGCAUAUAAUGUUAUCGUCAUGGGAAUGGAUGCAAUAUCCCGAUUAAAUUUUCACAGAACAAUGCCCAAGACUUUAGCAUUCUUAAAACAGAAAGGAGCUAUAGAAUUGUUAGGUUACAACAAAGUAGGCGAUAAUACGUUUCCUAAUUUAACACCUAUGUUACUAGGUAUUAGAGAAAAGGAUCUGAAAAAAACUUGUUGGCCCCAUGUAAGAUCUACUUUUGAUAAUUGUCCUUUCAUUUGGGAGUGGUACAAAGACGCUGGAUAUUAUACGGCUCUGGGUGAAGAUAGUGCAAAAUUGGGAACAUUUAAUUUUGGUAAAUUUGGUUUUGUAGGCACUCCAACUGACUACUACAUACAUACAUUUAUGCACGAAGCUGAAACUCACAUUGGCAACAAAAAAGAUUACAAUACAUACAUUUGCAUGGGAAGUCAACAUUUCUACAAAGUUCUUUUGGAUUACAUUGAAGCGUUAACGACAACAUUGAAAACUUCCAAAUUAUUUGGAUUUUUUUGGGAGGUUACCUUAAGUCAUGACUAUUUAAAUUACCCAAUGUUAAUGGAUAGUAGUUAUGAAAAGUUUUUACAAAACCUUGACGAAUCUCAGUACCUAGAUGAUACUAUUUUAAUUCUACUUAGCGAUCAUGGGAUAAGAUGGGGCGAUAUUCGAUAUACAAAACAAGGAAGACUCGAAGAAAGACUGCCCUUUGUUCAUAUACUGGUGCCACCAUCUUUUGAAGAAAAUUAUAGUCAAGCAUAUCACAAUUUAAAGCUGAAUAGUCAACGGCUUACAACGCCUUUUGAUAUACAUGCAACUCUAUCUGAUUUGAUUAAUUUAGAUUUAUUGAAAGAUGAAAAAAUCAUAUCAAGAAGCGCAAUGAAUUACGCUAAUGACAAAAGUAUAAGUUUAUUCUUACCUUUACCAAAAAAUCGAACAUGUAAGAUAGCCGGCAUAGACGACCACUGGUGUACAUGUCAUAGAAGUACUAAACUGAAAACUGAUAGUGCUGUUGCACAAGAAGCGGCAGUACAAUUGGUUAGAAGUUUAAAUGCAAUGAUGCGCGAAUAUCCUCAGUGCUCACGUCUCGCUCUAGCAGAAGUAAUAGAGGCGACAGAAAUGAUGGUGGGCACACCGCCAGAGAACGAAGAAGGCUGGAGGGAAAUUAUGGUAGUUGUACGCACAGCUCCGAGCGGUGGAGUAUUUGAAGCCACAUUGCAGCAUGACAAUCGCCAGUGGACACUGGUCGGCACUGUUAGCCGUUUGAAUCUUUACGGCGAUCAGAGUCACUGUGUGCAUAAUUAUCAGUUAAAAUUGUAUUGUUACUGUUAUUAAGGUAAAUGUGUAGGGAUACUUAAAUACUGUGAUAUUAUAAAACUAUAAUCAAAGAAGUUAAUUCGUAGAUAUUAAUAACAUAUGUUAAAUUAUGAUGUACAUAUCAGUUGCUCAAAAUUAUAUACCGGCCUAAUUUAUUUAUGUAGGUAGAUAUUAUCUUAAGAUAUUAGUAAAUACAUAUAUUAUGUAGAAGCUAUUAACAAAUUGCAUUUAGUAAGUAGAUAGAAUAAGUAGUAGGUAGCAAACAAAUUUGGAUCAUACAAUACAGCGAUCGUAUUACCUAACGAAUAAUAAUUAGAAUUUAAUAGAUCGAUUGAAAUAUAAAUUGUAUUUUACUUAAAACCUGUGUAGCUACAUGGUUAGACUGUAACAAAUAAUUAACUUGAAUAAAGUGCCAAAUUAAUAUCUAUGCGUGGAGAGAUACUUACAGGACUUACGCAUCGACAUUCUAUAUUUAUUUAUUAAAGAGAACAAUAUAUUAUAGCCACAAAGUAUAAUACCUAAACAAUGAAUUAGAAAAAUUAUGUAAUUUAUCUUAGAUGUUUGAAUAGUUACUGUACAAUGUAUUAUAUAUGUAACCAAUUUGUCUUAUCAUUUUAUCUCAUAAUAAUAGCCAAAAGUGUACCUACCAGAUUACCAAGAAACAAAG